AAAUAUCUCCUGUCAUCAAACAAACAGUCAGCGCAUUCGCGUCUUGGCUCCCACGUCACUGUUGACAGUCAUAACUUUGAAGUUGUAGAUAAUUUCGUAUACCUAGGAACCAACAUUAACACCGAUAAUAAUGUCAGCCUUGAAAUCCAACGCAGAAUCACUCUUGCCAACAGGUGCUACUAUGGACUGAGUAGGCAAUUGAAAAGUAAAGUCCUCUCUCGACGAACAAAAACUAAACUCUACAAGUCCCUCAUCAUUCCCGUCCUACUUUAUGGUGCAGAAGACGGUGUCAACAUCCGAUGAGACGGCACUAGGAGUUUUCGAGAGAAAGGUUUUGCGGAAGAUUUACGGUCCCUUAAACAUUGGCAACGGCGAAUACCGCAGAAGAUGGAAUGAUGAGCUGUAUGUGUUGUUCGACGACAUAGACAUAGUCCAGCGAAUAAAAAGACAGCGGCUACGCUGGCUGGGUCAUGUUGUUCGAAUGGAUGAAAGUGCCCCAGCUCUGAAAGUUUUCGAUGCAGUACCCGCUGGUGGAAGCCGAGGAAGAGGGAGACCUCCACUCCGGUGGAAGGACCAGGUGGAGAAGGACCUGUCUUCACUUGGUAUUACCAAUUGGCGCCAACCCGCCAAAAGGAGAGAUGCGUGGCGCACUGUUGUGGACUCGGCUAUAACCGCGUAAGCGGUUUCUACGCCAGUUAAGAAGAGAAGGAAAUUAAGCUAUAUAUGUAUUUGCAUGUGUAGGUUAUAGACUCGCACUUAUUCUAAAGAAAUUUUCAAACAUUAGCAUGCUUUUUUACGACAAAAGAUGUAAAUCUACAAUAAAACACAAAAAAAAUUACAAUCAAAUCCAUACGAAGAAAAUGUGAAGUUUCAAAACCAAAUAAGUCAUCUAAAUAAAUGAUAAAACCAACUUACAUAUGCACCGGGGAAUGCAAGUUAAGCGCAAUUGCAUAAAUUAGCAAAAUAAUCGAAAAAUGAAAUCAAAUGUUGCACGGUGAAUUUGUAUGUAAUUUUGCAAUUAUCACUUUUCAUUUCUACCUACGGAGUGCAGCGAGCGCCUAACAGAACGCGUUGCCAUAUCAAAAGUGAAUUACCAAUAAAAAGAUAAAAAAUAAAGAAACACUACACUUGCCACAUAUUAUGAGUGAUUGUGCAUAUACGAGUGUGUGAUUGUUGAUUGCAGAGCCGAAAAACCGAAUUCGAACGCAAGAAAUCGCCAAUAAUUCACUUACUCGAGGCGAAUAUAGCGUCAUCAGCAGCGCUCGAGUGCAGCACCGCAAGUUAACCGACAACAAAAAUCAACAACAAUAAAAACUAGAACUAGUCUUUGCUGUUGUUGUUGUGUUGUUCUCCGCUAUCACCAUACACGCAUUUCUUACCAUAUUUGGUCUUUCGACGGAGAUUAUCUCGCACACAUUCUGUUGUAUCGCAUCGCCACAGUUUUGUUGAUUGUAUGGCAUUACAAUUUUAAAUCAACUACACUUUUUCUUUUUUUUUCGUUCUCAAAAGCCACACAAUGUCAGUGCCACACACCUCUCCUCGAAGUGCAGCAGCAAGCAUUGCGCGCUCGCUAUUUUUAUUGCUACUCCUCAGUUGUCAACAAAUCGUCGGAAUUUUGGGCAAAUCACAGCUUUGCGAAGUUGAAACGGGACAAACAAAUAUUAUAUUGGAUAUUGAAGAGAGUCGCGGCGAUUUUAUUGGACAACAAACCACGCCGCCAGAGUUGCCAAUUUACGGUGAUCCCCACACGGAAAUUGCACUGGAUCUAGUCUUCCCAAAGGGGAAUCCGACAUUCUUGCUGGACGGCAAGAAAUUGCAGCUGCUGCAGCCGCUCGACCGCGAUGAGGAGAAUCUGAGUCACAUUGUCUUUCAGGUCUCCUGUUCGAUUCGCAAUGCAACCAACAAGCGACGCAGCAUUCCGAUUAUUGUGCGCGUAUCUGAUGUCAACGACAAUGCGCCUCGCUUCAUGAACACACCCUAUGAGGUCACUGUGGCGGAGAGCACUCCCGUUGGCACAACGAUCUUCCGUAACAUUCAAGCGCUGGACAAGGAUGCCGGUGUUAAUGGACUCGUCGAGUAUUUUAUUAUGGAAGGCAACACAAAUACAACGGAAGAUGAGACAAUGACAAUUGCUGAUGGUUAUGGUACAUUUGCAAUUUCCUUUCCACAUCAAGGGCAGGUGACUGUCGCCAAAACGCUGGAUUACGAGAAGGUGCAACGCUAUUAUCUGACAAUUGUCGCAGCGGAUCGUGCACGCAACGUUUCGGAGCGCCUCUCCUCGACCACCACGCUGACGGUGAACAUCGCCGAUUCGGACGAUCAGGACCCCUCGUUCAUUUAUCGCGGCUGUGUACUGCUCGAUGGCGCCUGCAUCAACCCUGAGUACUCGGCCUCGGUGCCAGCGGGCUCACUGCAAGGUGUGCUUACUGUUACACCCGAACGCAUACAAGCCGUGGACUUGGACACAAUCAGUUCGCCGAUACGUUACUCCUUCGCCAGUGGCAUGCCCAAUAACUAUGCCGACUACUUCGAGAUCGACGAGCAAACGGGCGUGUUGAAGCAGAUCAAAGCUGUGGAUACCUCGACAGCCAAAAAAUAUGAUAUUGUCGUUAAAGCCGAGGAAGUCUCGGAGGCGAAACGUUUCACCACGGCCAAAUUGACGAUCAACGUGAAGCCCGUCGAUGCCAAUCCGCCGGUUAUAAGUGCCAGCAAUAUUGAAGGUUAUGUCGAUGAGAACUCACCAAUUGGCACACGUGUCGUAGACGCAAAUGGCACGGCGAUCUCCUUCAAGACCACAGACGCCGAUUUAGGUGAAGAUGAUCCGAAACCCGAUUAUAUUUAUGAGCUGACAACGCCUUCUUUCGACGUUACACACGACGGUGUUUUGAUUGUUAAUGAAGAGGGUUUAGAUCGCGAUCCACCAGCGCCGGGACGCUACAAGUUCCAAGUGGUUGCACGUGAACCGCGCACCAAUGCCGCCAGCGCGCCACUUAGUCUAACCGUACACCUGCGCGAUGUAAAUGACAAUCCACCCAAGCUCGCAAUGGUACCACCAAUCACGAUAACCGCUGGUGAUGGCCAACGCAAUGUCACUAAGGUGACUGCGACCGAUAAUGAUGAAGGUGAAAAUGCCAUAAUCACAUACUCCAUAUAUCAUGUGUCGAAUAAUGGACAGCAGAAGUUCCACAUCGAUGAAAAGACUGGUGAAAUAGAGACCCGAGGUCGUUUAUUGGCUGGCGAACAAUACAGCAUCACAGUGCAGGCCACAGAUAAUGGUGGUCUCUCGUCGCAAGCUAUUGUCGAAAUCGCUGUAACACCAGGACCAAAUACGAAACCGCCAAAGUUCGUCAAACCCAUCUAUGAGGUGCAAGUAAGCGAAGGUGCGGAAAUCAAUUCCACCGUAACGGUAGUGCAUGCCGAAGAUCCCGAAAAUGACCCGGUCGUGUACUCAAUUGUUUCGGGCAAUGAUUUGCGACAAUUUGCUGUGGGUCAAGAAAGUGGUGUCAUUAUGGUGAUACGCAAAUUAGAUCGAGAGAGUCUUACACGCUACCAGCUUACCGUAUUAGCUGAAGAUAAUGGCGGUCUGUCAAGUAGCGCUACCGUGAACAUCAAGGUGACCGAUAUCAAUGACAAAAACCCCGAAUUCGAUGAGUCUACACUGCCUUACGUAUUCGAAGUGGAUGAAGGCCAAAAAGAUGCUUUUGUGGGCAUUGUACAUGCCACGGAUGCAGAUGAAGGUAUCAAUGCAGAGAUCACUUACUUCGUGCCACAAGAUAUACCUUUCGCAAUCGACGGCAAAUCGGGCGAAAUACGCACCGCCGCUCCUUUGGACUAUGAGCGUCAGAAGGAGUACCGCUUCGUGGUGACCGCCAAGGAUGGUGCGCCAGAUGCGCGACUCGGUACAGCGAGCGUUACAGUGCAAGUGCGUGAUCUGCCCGAUGAGGUACCGAAGUUCACGGAUGCACGCAUAGAUGUGCAUGUGCCCGAGAAUGAGGCCGACUUCUUGGUAGCAACCGUACAAGCUUUUGAUCCGGAUACGGUGCAACAGAUCACAUACGUGAUACGCAAAGGGGAAGCAGACCUCUUUAAGAUUUCGCCACACACAGGUGAAGUACGCACCACCACUGGACUGGAUUAUGAGAAGAAGAAACAGCACGAACUUAUUGUCGGCACAAUUGAGAAUGAUGGCGAUGGACCCGGUGACACCAUACGUAUUUUCAUCGAAGUUGAUGAUCGCAACGAUGUGCGUCCGGUCUUUGCCGCUGUACCGGAACCUGUUACGGUAAAUGACGAUCAAUCGAUCGGCACACGCAUAGCAACAAUGGCGGCUAUAGAUGGCGAUGGCUCAUCACCGGGCAAUGUGGUGCGCUACGAGAUGGUCGGACGUGGUAAAGCCUUAAAAUAUUUCCAAGUGGACGCCGACUCGGGUACAGUACGUAUAAGAGAUGAUCUACGCAAGGAAGAGGAUACCGAGUAUCAGGUGGAUAUACGCGCCUACGAUAUGGGUGAGCCACAGCUGAGUUCCGUAGCUACUUUGCCUGUUUUCGUACGUCAUCUACUGAUCGAUCCGAAUGAGAGCAAUAUGAUGGAAGGUAAAACGAAUGAUGGUGCCAUAAUGAGUCCAGAAAGCAUCGGUUUGGCUUUCAGCGAUGACAGUUAUACCACAGGCGUUCCAGAGACCACAGGCAUCAAUGCUACGAUUAAAGUUAUACAAGUGAUCAAUUCAAAGAAAUCACGCGACGGCACACCAAGCUUUAAGUGUGAAAUAGUUAACGGUAAUGAUAUGGAUAUAUUCGAUAUUGUGACUGAAGAUCACGGUUGCGGUGUAAAAUUGAUCAAACACCUCGAUUUUGAGAACACUACCGCCUACACGCUGAGCAUACGUCUCAUUUCACAUAAAUACUUCGUGAAUCCCCAGAGGAGCCUGGCUUUGGUAAAAAUUAUUGUGCAGGAUGACAAUGACAAUGCGCCCGAGUUCGUUUUCAAUCGUGCACACCCGACGCGCAAAGACACAUUCUAUGCGGUGGUGGGGCCCGAAGUGGACAUCGAUACACCGAUCUUGCAAGUGCGCGCUACCGAUCGUGAUUCCGGCAAGUACGGCAUGAUACGUUACAAGAUCUACGAUGAAGAGGAUAAUGUGAUUAGUGAUGAGCAUUUGCCUACAACCUACUUCGUCAUGACCGAGGAUACUGGCAUCUUACGCACAGCCAAACUCUUCCAAGAUGGCGCCACCUUCCCCAUGAUGUUCUAUGUGGAAGCACGCGAUAACGACGGCCAAGAGCUGGGUUCGCAUUACACACGCGCACGCAUUGUGAUCAAUCAGAUUAACGAUCAGCAUCGCAUGUCUUUGGUCUUCUCUGAUUCGGCGCCGAAUGAAAUACGCAAUCAUUACAGCGCCUUGGAAGAGCUGUUGGAAGAGAAGACCAAUGGCCUCAUAAGCGGUAUAGAGCGUUUCAGUAAUCGCAAAAUCUUGACAGACAACGGCACGAUCGUCGAAAAUCCCGCCGCAACAGAUGUUUGGUUCUACUUGAUCGAUCCCAAGACGGAGCAGAUACUCGCGCGUAAUGAUACCACGGUGCGUGAGGCGUUGCUGGAGCCGACAGCACGCGCUGAACUCAACUUUGCAGCUUCGGGUGUGGCGCAUGCGACCGCUGAAGGCAUAUACGCGCCGAUCGAAAUGAAACAGCAAGUGACCAGGGUUAAAGCAGCUAUAGCGAUCAACGAUGACGUGUUCCCCUACACACUAAUCGCCAUCUCGAUUAUCAUACUCAUACUCGGCACAAUCGGAAUCAUCUACAUUUGCAUCUCGUGGUCGAAGUACAAGAACUUCAAGCAGCGCAUGCGUCAAUAUGCCGCCCCAAGCCCCACACGCUACGACCCGGUCAUCGUCAAUUCACAAGCGGCCAACUCCGGCGACAACGUCGCCAAUAUGAAAGAGUAUGAGACACAAGUCCUUGCCAUGGCUGUGCCACCAGAUGGCGAUGAUGAUCUGCAGUUGGACUUUAGCGCCAAGAAUCAUGCCUUCUCGCUGGACAAUGUCAGCUACAUUACACACAAAGAGAACGGCACGAGCGGCGGUCAGGCGAGUCCUUCGCAUUCCGAUGCGACUACCGCUACAAUCACCACAUUGCGUCGCAAUAACAAUAACAACAACAAUCUCAAUAAUAUGGCGCAUAACAAUAGCAAUAACAAUAACAACAACAACAUGAAUGGCAUGAAUAAUCGCCAGAACACCUUCAAUCGCACACUGGAAAUGAACGCACGCAACAACGCCAAUCCUCUGGCGGCGGCUGCGAACGGCACUUUACCCGGCACCUUAACGCUGGGUCGUAUCAAGCACCAAAAUGGCGGCACUCACUACCAGAAUGGUGGUUACAAGCUGGAUGCUGUGAGUCGCAAUAAUCUGGCGAAUCUGCAGAAUAAUAGCUACAGCACAAUGGGUCGCAGGGGGAAUACAUUUGGCGGGCCAAAUGGUCUAAACACCUUAACUGGCGGUGCGGCUGAGGGCAGUGUGAAUGUGGGUGAAUUGAUGACAAACACGCUGGGACGCAACAAUCAUCAGCAUCAUCAUCACAACAGUCGCGGCUAUGCGGAUGUGCCGAUUACGAAUCCGCUCUUUCAACGCUCCAAUGGUGACCUGAGUCACAUAAGCACCACCAAUGAAAAUGUCACUUUCGGCAAACGUGAUUACGGACAGUUAGGUUUCUCUUAUUUAAAUGAUUUAGAUCGUUCUGAGGUUGAGACCACAACGGAACUGUAGAAGAAGAAGAAAUUUGGACACCAACGAAAUCUUACGAAAACUAUAAAGUGAGCUACGCUGAUUAAUGAACACAUAUGAGCAGCUGGAGGGCAGAAAAAAGAUUGAAUAAUAAGAAAUUUACUGCAAAAAAAUUAUAGAUUUACUAAAAAAAAUUAAAUAUUUUUAACUGUUAUAAGAAACUUUUUGGUAACUAAUUAUCUAAUAUCCUCUUUAAAGCUGCUCAUUUGUGUUGAAGAAACGAAAAAGACAAUAAUAAUCAAAAAAAUAACCCACACAAUGCCAAACUGAAAUAGUUUAGGAAAAUCAACUAAAUACCUUGACUCAUAAGUACUGUAUGAUAAUAAAAAGUAAUGCAUCUGUAAUGUUAGGUAAUUGUAUUACCUAACCUCCACUACAGACAUAACUUGAUUUUAGAUUUUGAAGAAAUGAAAAUUUUCAUUUUCCGAACGAAAGUAUGUUGCGAAUUAUCAUACAUAUAUAUGUUUGUAUGUAACGAAAUGUUGCCAUUAAGCAAUCGACUUAAGUUAAG